CUUAUAGAUGAAGAAGAGGAGGAGGAGGUGAAGAGGAAGAAUGGAAAGAUCUGCCCGGAUCAGUGCAGCUGCUCGGACGAAGGAUCCGUCGACUGUGCCGGUGUUGAUCUAUCAGAGUUUCCUCAGGACCUGCCGGAGAAAACACGCCAACUCUCACUACAGAACAACAUGAUCUCGGAGAUAAGAGCAGUGGAUCUCUCGCGGCUCACCCAACUGGAGACCCUGAACCUGCAAAACAAUCGACUAACCUCACAAGGUCUUGGAGACGACGGGUUCGAGGCGCUGGAGCAGCUCAGUUAUUUAUACCUGGCGAAUAAUAAGCUCACAGCAGCACCCGUGUACCUUCCACCCACGCUGGUUAGCGCCGACUUCGCUGCAAAUCAGCUAACCAAGAUCUACUCGUACACGUUCGGCCAGAAACCUGGACUCAAGUCAGUGUAUCUCCACAACAACAAGCUGACCGAUGCCGGAUUACCUGAUGGAAUGUUCAACGGCUCCGACAAUUUGGAGGUGUUAAUAAUGUCCAGUAACUUCUUGCGGCACGUCCCUAAAGGCCUGCCAGCCGCACUUUACCAUCUUCACCUGAAGAAUAACAAGCUGGAGAAAAUACCAGCAGGUGCGUUGGAGAACCUGUCCCAUCUGAGAGAGCUGUACCUGCAGAACAACCUCCUGAGCAACAGCGGCAUGGACAACACCACCUUCAGCUCUCUGAGCAGUCUGGAGUACCUGGAUCUGUCCAACAACAACCUGAGCUCGGUUCCUCCGGGUCUCCCUCGCAGUCUGAUGCUGCUCCACCUGGAGAAAAACGUCAUCACGUCCAUCCACGCCGACUCCCUCACCUCCAUCCGCGACCUCCAGUACCUGCUGCUCCAUCACAACCGGCUCCGCGCCCGCCACAUCCACCGCGACGCCUUUCGGGGCCUCAAGCGUCUCCACACGGUCCACCUGCACCACAACCUGCUGGAGCGCGUCCCUCUGGGCCUUCCGCGGCGCGCCCACACGCUGAUCCUGCUCCGAAACGCCAUCAACGAGAUCCGGCGCGACGACCUCAUCACCCUGUACACGCUCAAGGAGCUCAACCUGAGCUACAACCGCCUGACCAGCGAGCGGAUCGACCGGCACGCGUUCAGGAAGCUGCGGGUCCUGGAGAUGCUGGAUUUGUCGGGGAACAAGCUGGGCGCGCUGCCGCUGGGGCUUCCCAAGGGCCUCCAUAUACUGCGCGUGAAGGAUAAUCAGAUCUCCGGGCUGCCAGAGGGGGCACUGUCGGGCAUGAGCAAGCUGAAGGAGAUCUACCUUUCUAACAACCAGAUAAAACUCAGCUCCAUCUACCAGGGGGCGUGGACGGAGCUCAGCUCGCUCACGACUGUAGAGCUAUCAGGUAACCUGCUGACCCGAGUGCCUGCUGAUCUCCCCGAGUCGUUGGAGUUCCUGCAUCUGCAGAACAACAGAAUCGGCAGCAUCUCAGCUACAGACUUCAUCAGCACUCCGAACAUCAAGGGGAUCUUUCUCAGAUUUAAUCGUCUCUCUGCGCUCUCGGUCGCCGAAGACUCUUUCUCCUACCUGUCCCACCUGCAAGUACUGGACAUCGGACAUGGAAACAUCACUCCCGUCCAUAAUCAGGACCUGGACAAACAGGAAGACUACACAGAAGGUGAGGAAGAAGAGGUGCGCCAGGAAUAACGCCCGACUUUGAACUUUACACAUGCCCUACACGACCAAAGUAUGUGGACACGCCUUUCAAUAGUUACGUUCCAGUUUUAUAGUUGCACAUCAAGUCGAGUCCAAUUUAUUUAUACAGCGCUUUUUACAAUAGACAUCGUCUCAAAGCAACUUUACAGAAUCCAGGACCAACAGACCAAAAACCCCUGUUGAGCAAGCCGAGGGCGACAGCGACAAGGAAAAACUCCCUUAAAAUUACAGGAAGAAACCUUGAGAGGAACCAGACUCAGCAGGGACCCCCGUCCUUUCCACAAUAUCAUCCACACACAUAUUAAAAUGAACUAAAAGUUAUAACUAGCAAAAAUAA